UUACACUCGUCUCUUGUGUUUGAGGUUGGAAAGGUUUUCGGCAACAUAAUAAAAUUGUCGCAUUAACUAUUAAAUUAACUUUCCUCCUCAUUUAAUAAUUACUGCCUAUGAUAGGAGGAGAUCAAUUACCGUUUCCUGCACAAUUUUACUGUAUGUGGCAGUCAUUAUUGACUCCUUAUUGUUACUUGUUUUGAAGUGCAAAAUAAUCUCUUUUCUGUUUACAUUUUUUUUAAUUAGAACAUAAGCUGAUACUAUUAACAAAUACCUCAUUGAGCUGCAAUUUAGAUGUAGUUUAGUCAUAAAAUUUCACAAUAGUUAGAGUAGGUUGCACUUAUGAUUAUGUGAUCCGGACUUAUGUAAGUGUACGAAGGAGUUUUUACAUUGAAAAGUAUUAAACGAAAAUGGCCGGAAUGGUUCAAGUUGAUGAUGGAAGUUGGAGAACCCCAAAUUUUCGACAGAAUAUGGUUACUAAAAUUGAGGAAGCAAUUCAACAUUGUGGGGCCCCAACGAAUAAAAAUGCAGCUGAAAUGGAAAAUCAAGUCUACUCUAAGGCCACGACUAGGAACGAGUACCUCAGUUUUGUGGCAAGACUUAUCCUUCACAUUAAGGAAAUGGGGAAUAAGGCUAAACCCCCUGGCGCUCAGCUCAACCAGCUUGGUGGAGGUGGAAUGAACGUUCUUCAUAACCAAAUAAAUCAGCUCAACACCAUGGGAGGAGGGGGAGGAAUGAAUCCAGGAGGUGUUCCACGUCAACAAAUGGUCCCAGGAAUGGGUGGACAACAAGCUGGAAUGCAGCAGCCACAAGGUGGUGGAAUGACCAUGCCCCAACAGGUGGGUGGAAUGGGAGGAGGAGGAAUAAACCAACAGGGAGGAAUGAUGGGGCAAAGUGGACCUGGUGGAAUGAUGGGGCAACAACAACAGGUCAGAAUCAUGGCUCCUGGGUUAACUGGUGGGGUAGCAGUACUUGGACAGCAGGGAGGAGGCAUGAUGGUUUCACAGGCCGGAGGACCUGGUGGAAUGAAUGUGAAUAUGACGCAACAAGGACAACAACAGAAUCCUCAGCAAAUGCAACAACUUGCACAGCAACAAACACAACAGGGUCACAUGAUUAAUCCUAACUUUAUGAACCAACAUCAGCUUCAACAACAGAUGCAAUCUGGAAUAGCUCAAGGACAAAUGCAGGGGAAUCAAGGGGGGAUGCACAAUCAACAAAUGCAACAACAGCAAUUACAAAAUGCUCAAAUGCAGCAAGCUUACCAACAGCAACAAGGUGAUCAACAUCGACCAGCAGGAGUGGGUAGAGGAAUGAGGAUGCAAACUCUUCAACAAAUGCAGAAUAUGCCAAGAAAAACUUUGCAACAACAACGGCCCAUGAAUCCAGCGGCCAUCGGAAUUUCUCUGCCUGAACAUGGGACUAAUUAUCCUAUGAAUGGGUUAAUCUAUUUUAAUCCACAGGUGGACUCGGUAGGUGCUGGAAUGCCAAACCAAUUUCAAGGUGGUCAACAAAUACGUCCGGGUGGACCAUUACUGCCUCCAAGUUCCGGUGGGAUGCCUGGAGGACCCUCUCCAUCCCCAAAUUCUAUGAUUCAAGGACAAAAUCAGCCUGGGUUUGCAAAUUCACCUCAACCUCCACACCCACAGGGAAGUCCAGCGCCUCCACAAAAUGUUGGAAUUCGACCUUUAGGAAAUCAAAUGAUUCCAUCUCCCAUAAUGAACGUCAGCACUCCAAUGCCAACGGUUCCAAUGCAAAGUCCAAGAAACGACGAAGAAUUGGCAUGUAUGAAGAAAAUUGAAGAGCUGAGACGGUACACGGACAUGAUUCAGAGAAUGAUCAUAAAAAUUGGAUUGGAUGAUGCGGAAAAGUCUAGCAAAAUGAAGAAAUUGUUGGAUAUACUAAUGAACCCUGUGAGACAAGUCUCAAUGGACAUACUUCUCAAGUGUGAAGCAGCCUUAAAGAAAAUGGAAAAGCAGCAACAUGACACUGGUCCACCCUCACAACCAUCAAUGCCUCCAAAAGAUCAUAUUUCUCCAUUCUUCCAAAUUCAGGAAGCUAUUUUGACUACUAUGAGAAAUGGGUCAGCAAACCAUACAUUUCUUCGAUCAUUUCGACCCACCAUUGAAGCCUUGACUGGACAAUCCGUAGUAAAUCCAGAUAUUCCUGAUGAGGAAUCAAUGACGGAAGAAGAACAAAAGCCCGAGAUUCCUAUGGUCCUUCAGAGAGAGCUUAAAAUGCUUGGACGGCGAUUUCCAGUAAAGAUCAAACAUCGUGGACGGAAAUUACCAAUACAAUUAAAUGCUUCUCUCGGAGAUCCAAAACUGCCGAGGGUACCCCCUCUUAAAAUAAUCGUCCCAAUAGGCUAUCCUGAAGAAAGUCCUGUCCUCAUCGACUUCAAAAAUGAUUACAGUGCAACAUCGUUUUUGAAUUCGAUUGCCGAGUCCUUCAAAUCUCGUAAAGUACUUUUACCCACAAUGUUUACGGUGUACGAACUUCUAAUCUCCUGGGAAAUGAGCGUUCGACAAGUUGCUAACCCAUUAGCUAAACGAAAACCACUGAAAAGAUUGCCAAACCCCACUCCACUUACUGGCCGUCUCGGGUUGUCGUUUUUAUGAGUUUUAAGAUUCUCAAUAUAUGUAUAGUGAUUACAAGAUAUUAUCUAUGCAAUAUCCAGGUCCAACAUACUAUGAAUCACAGUGCGUACUUUUAUCUUCAUUGUUUCAUUGUUGGCAUGUUAUUUUAUUGUUCAAUUUGUUGUAUCCCGGAGGGUAUGUAUAAUCAUCGGUAUGAGACAAUGAAUUUGAUUUUUAGCCAUAACUUUUGUUAACUGACUUUGCACUCAAUUAUUUAAGUGACAUUGAAAUAAAAGGUUUUUAUUUCCUAUUUCAAUAAUAA